AUGGCGGCGUGCGACACGUGCCAGCAGAACUACCACCUGCACUACUUCAAGCCGCCGCUGCAGCGCCCGCCUAAGAAGAGCAAGCAGUACGGCUGCGAAGACGGCGUGCGACACGUGCCAGCAGUACUACCACCUGCACUGCUUCAACCCGCCGCCGCAGCGCCCGCCCAAGAAGAGCAAGCAGUACGGCUGUUGAGUAGCGUGACGUCUCACGACAGCGAUGGCGGCGUGCGACACGUGCCAGUAGUACUACCACCUGCACUGCCUCAACCCGCCGCUGCAGCGCCCGCCUAA